AUGGAGUUCUUAGUAUCCAAAGGAGAUUAUAUUAGAUAUUUGAAAAGAUCUUUAUUGCUAGUUUUAAUAUGUGUAAUAGUUCUUGUGUGCACUGAUCAGGACUUCUAUAGUUUGCUUGGAGUAUCCAAAGAAGCAAGUAGUAGAGAAAUACGACAAGCAUUCAAAAAACUGGCAUUAAAGUUGCACCCUGAUAAAAAUCAGAAUGAUCCAAAUGCACAUGAAAAUUUUUUGAAAAUAAAUAGAGCCUAUGAAGUACUUAAAGAUGAAGAUCUGCGAAAGAAGUAUGAUAAAUAUGGAGAGAAAGGUCUUGAAGAUCAGCAGCAAGGAGGUCGUUAUGAAAGCUGGCACUUUUAUCGCUAUGAUUUCGGUAUUUAUGAUGAUGAUCCUGAAAUUAUAACAUUGGAUAGAGGAGAAUUUGAUGCUGCUGUUAACUCAGGAGAACUGUGGUUUGUGAAUUUUUAUUCUCCUCGAUGCUCCCACUGCCAUGAGUUAGCACCUACGUGGAGGGAGUUUGCCAAGGAGAUGGAUGGAGUAAUACGCAUUGGAGCUGUCAACUGUGGAGAUAAUAGAAUGCUUUGUCGAAUUAAAGGGAUUAACAGUUAUCCCAGUCUGUAUAUUUUCAAAACUGGAAUGCAACCAGUGAAAUAUUAUGGAGACAGAUCAAAAGAGAGCUUAAAGAACUUUGCCAUGCAAUAUGUUAUAAGCACAGUCACUGAGUUAUGGGCAGGUAAUACUAAUGCAAAUUGUUUCAUUUGAAACUUUGUUAAUGCCAUUGAAACUUCAUUUGCUUCUGGCACUGGUUGGCUGAUCACCUUCUGUGCUGAACGUGGGGAUUGCUUGAGUUUCCAAACGCGCCUUAAGCUAGCUGGCAUGUUGGAAGGUCUUGUUAAUGUAGGCUGGAUGGACUGUGGCACCCAGGGUGAGCUUUGUGAUAAUUUAGAUAUCUCAUCUAGUACUACAGCAUACUUUCCACCUGGAGCAACCAUAAAUAACAAAGAGAAAGGAGGCGUUUUGUUUCUUAACUCUUUGGAUGCCAGAGAAAUAUAUCAGGAAGUAAUGCAGCAUCUGCCAGACUUUGAAAUUAUCUCUGCAGCAUCAUUAGAGGACCGUCUAGCUCAUCACCGAUGGCUGCUUUUCUUCCAGUUUGGGGAGAGUGAUAAAUCAAAUGUACAGGAAUUUAAGAAACUCAAAUUUUUACUUAGAGAUGAACACAUUCAGGUUGGCAAGUUUGACUGUCUUUCCUCACCAACCAUCUGCAACAAACUGUAUGUCUAUCAGCCUUGUUUAGCAGUCUUCAAAGGAAAAGGAACUGGAGAUUAUGAAAUUCAUCAUGGAAAGAAGAUCUUAUAUGACAUUGUUGCAUUUGCCAAAGAAAGUGUCAGCUCUCAUGUUAUCACACUGGGACCUCAGAAUUUUCCUGACAAAGAAAAGGAACCAUGGCUUGUGGAUUUCUUUGCACCGUGGUGUCCUCCUUGUCGAGCUUUGUUACCAGAGCUGAGAAAAGCAUCAAAACAUCUUUAUGGUCAGCUUAAAUUUGGAACACUAGACUGUACUGUCCAUGAAGGGCUUUGCAACAUGCAUAACAUUCGAGCUUAUCCAACAACAGUUGUGUUCAAUCAGUCUGAUGUUCAUGAAUAUGAAGGACAUCACUCUGCUGAGCAGAUCUUGGAGUUUAUAGAGGAUCUUAGGAAUCCGUCGGUGGUCUCCCUAACACCAGAGACAUUUGUUGAAUUAGUUCAGAGAAGAAAACGAGAGGAAAUCUGGAUGGUUGACUUUUACGCUCCAUGGUGUGGACCCUGUCAGGCUUUAAUGCCAGAAUGGAAAAAAAUGGCCAGGAUGUUAAAUGGACUAAUCAGCGUAGGCAGUGUGGAUUGUCAAAAAUAUUAUUCUUUCUGUCACCAAGAAAGUGUUCGGGGAUAUCCUGAAAUAAGACUCUUUCCUCGAAAAUCAAACACAGCUCAUCAAUAUUAUAGCUACAAUGGAUGGCACAGAGAUUCAUAUUCACUGAGAGGCUGGGCAUUGGGGUAUUUACCACAAGUGUCUGUAGACCUGACGCCUCAGAGUUUCACAGAAAAAGUUCUGAAUGGAAAAGAUCACUGGGUCAUUGAUUUUUAUGCUCCUUGGUGUGGACCUUGCCAAAAUUUUGCUCCUGAAUUUGAGAUCCUUGCAAGGACCAUGAAAGGAAAAGUAAAAGCUGGAAAAGUAGACUGUCAGACAUACGCUCAGACCUGUCAAACUGCCGAUAUCAGAGCCUACCCUACUGUUAAGUUUUACCCCUACCAAGGAACAAAGAAAAAUGCUCUCGGCGAAUAUAUAGACAGCAGAGAUGCAAAAGGUAUUGCUGACCUUUUGAAUGAAAAAUUAGAAGCAAUUCAAAAUAAAGGCAAAAGGAAAAAAUCUAGAAAUAAGGAUGAACUCUAAGUGAUAGUGGAGGUAGAUACAAUUCAAAAUAUUCUGAAGCUGUGACUAUAGAAGACACCAUGAAGAAAAUAUAAGGCUGACUACAUUCAUGAGAGGACAAAAGAGAUGAAAACUAGUUUGAGUUCACAGGCAUACAUGACUAUGAAUUCUGUUUAAACUGUGGGGACAUGAAAGCAUUUUGGUGGAGGAUUCAGUGUUUCUGCAAGUGAAUUCUGCAUGUCCCUCUUCUGAUACACCAACUACCUUCUUCCUAGUGAAACGUGGGAAUUGACCAGAAAUUGGACUGUAUCACUUUUGCCUACCCAUUAACUAGUUCCUUCUAUUUUUCUGUCUCUUUUCAAACACUUUUUGAAUGUGGCACUCAGCCUAUGGCUGAAUACGCAAUCAAACCACUCUGCAAUGCAGAAACACACUGAGGGAUUGUCUAUUUGAAAGACAAACAGUUUUACCUGAUGAUUAUUCUGCUUUGAGGUUACAUUAUUGUCUGGUCA